UCCAUUCAUAUGUCAAAACAUUCGAUCAUCCGACUAACUGUUUCCUUAAGUACAAUCAAUAUGUCUACUCUCUCUUUAAGCCCACUUCUCUUUUUCUUUCUCGUAAUUAUCCUUUUCACAUCUAAAGCUCAAGCAUACAAAAACUACCGAAAAUUCCACUACUUUUGCGACCAACGUAACGAUAGAGGUGACUACAUAACCGGUAGUACCUACCACAACAACCUCAAAAUCGCUUUUAUCUACCUCACUUUCAACUCAAAAAUUGACUACGGUUUCUACAACACCAACUAUGGCCAAAACAAUGACAAAGUAAACGUCAUUGGAAUAUGUAGAGGAGACAUUAAUCCUCAAGACUGUCGCAAAUGCCUAAUAGGUUCCAGAUUCAAUCUCACACAAGCAUGUCCAAACAAAAAAGAAGCAAUUGGAUGGUACGAGGAUGAGAAAUGCAUGUUACGUUAUUCAGACCGUUCUAUAUUAGGCCUAAACGAAAUUGGGCCAGCUUAUACUAUGUGGAACUCGAACAACGCAACAAUGGCAGAUCAACUUAGUAUCUUAGUAACACAACUAUUAAAUGAUUUAAGAAGCAAGGCUAUAAAUGGUGACUCACAUAGUAAGUAUGUUGUUGGAACAUCGCCGGGUCCUAGUAAUAAUCAAUCACCUUCUCAACAAAGUAGUGGUGAAACAAUAUAUGGUCUUGUUCAGUGUACACCUGACUUGUCUGGUCCACAAUGUGAUGAUUGUUUGCUUCAAUCUAUUGCUGGAAUUUCAAGAUUUAGCAAUAGGAGUAGUGCUAGAAUGAUUAGACCAAGCUGUUAUUUGAGGUUUGCAACUUCAUAUCAAUUCUAUCAACCCAAACCAAAACUGGCUUCCCAACUCCCAUGAUCAACAACACUUUUCUCGAAGGUAAUUGUAAGAUAAAAUAAACACAUUGAGAACUAUUGUUGAUACAGUUCUGUUGUUGCCGCUGAUUUUGUCAUUGCUUCUUUUAUAUAACUAGUAUGUGAACUCGUGCCAAGCACGGGCAAGAAUUUCUCCAUACUCGAAGGCGAAAUAUAUUGUGAUUUAUCAAGUGUCAGUUACGGUCUAACAUUGAAUAUAAGAGUUGAAGUUGAACAACAAAUAGGUGAAAAAACUCUUGCAUUUGUGUGGUUGCUCUUUGUACAAUGAGUUGACCCACACCAAUAUUGACGAUCACUUAGAAAGUCCUACGUUUGUAUCGUAACCCGUUUCAACUUUGUGGAGAAGUGACAUUGGUUAAUGAUGGUAUAUCACAGAUGCGGAGAGUCUCGUAUUUAAGGAAUAGAUGUUAAUGUGUCAAGUGUGAGUUAAAGUUUCACAUUGGCUGCAAGAGUAAUUGUUUAACAACAUAUAAGUGAUAUGACUCAUAUACAUAAUGCCUUAAGGUUUAGGGUGAAGAUGUAGUCUCAAUCUCACUUGUGUGGUAUAUGUUAGUAUAAUGUGAUGAUCAAAAUCAAUGUAGGAUUCACCAGAAGUCACAACAUUAUGAUGAACUGUUUUUUUAGUUUUUGGAUGUCAUUUGUUUGAUUUUAAUCUUAAAA